AUGUCCACUUGGGAGGAAAUUGAACCAAUUUUGGAAAGAGUAUGUUAUGAUUCACUUUUAAAUGUAAGGUUACCAGCUUUAGAAACGAUAAAUGAGCUGUUAAAGGAUGGAAAACUUGAUGAAAAAGUGAAAAUUGAUAGAGUAAUAUGCUGUCUAUUGAAUACCUAUACGUUAUAUCAAGAUAGUAAAUCCAAGAAAUUGGUUACUGAGAUUUUACUUGGAAUCUUGGACAAAGAGCCUACAUAUUUGGUCUUAUAUUUGGAUUUUAUUAAUGAAAAUGUGUCUGUUAAGAUAUGUAUGAAGGCUGUAGUUGACUAUUUAAACGUUUUGGAGUGGAUCCAUGCGUUUUGGGAAUUUUUAGGUAAUGAUGGAGCGAUCUUUGAUGAAAAUGUUUCGCAAUUAUUACAAUUGCAUUGCAUUGUGACUAGCCGUAUUCAAAAUGCUUUGAAUGAGGUUGAAAGUGAGAAAACUUCUGCUUUGAAGCAGAAUCAGCACAGGCGAAGGAUAAGAAUGACAGUGCUGCAGUCAUCUAGUAAGACUUUAGUUAAAGUACUAGAUGCGGACAAGCACUAUGUGUAUGUUGAGAAAAUGUGCAACAUAAUACUAAAGGAUCAUGUAAAGUUAAAACUGCCUACUACUGGUGUUGUUGUCUUCAUGGGUUCAUUGGCUAAGGCUGUUUUACAGCUUUCAGCAAAAAAACCAGCUCAUUACAAUGCUUUCAAAGAGAAAUUUGAGGAGACCUAUUUAGAAUACUUGGGUGCGGAAGCGAUUUUAGGCAAGACGCCAUUAAACCCAUAUUCCGUGGAAACAUAUGUGGGUACAUUCAUGCAUGAGUUUGUUGAAGAGGCAGAUUUCAUUAAGUACAUUGUGCCCAGUGUUGAGAAAUACAAUCUCCGGUCUCCAGAGCACUCCUUUGGACUUUGUACAGAGAUGUACUCUGCUUUGGAUCCUAAGAAGGUUGAUCUUGUAAAAAUCAUUACUGAAUCCAAAAUUUUGACCCAAAUCUUCACUUCAUUGAAAAGCAGCAAGGAUGUUGUGAAGGAAGCAGCAUUGAAAUCACUUACAGCCGCACUAAGAAAUUUGGACCAAGAAUACUAUUCUGAACUACACUUGCGGAAAGUAGUCGACUCCAGUUUUACAAAUAUGAAAUCAAAUUUGAACGUAGAAUAUAAGUCAAUGAUUGCGAAGAUCUUAUAUGCCAUUCCAACAUAUUCGAAAGUGUUAUCUUCUGUCAUUGUGAAGAGCCUAUCUACUUAUGUUACGAAAGAGACCAACGAAUCUGUGCUAUAUCUUAUGCUAGAAGCGUUUUAUGUUCAUUUGAACAAUUUGGAAUCUGUUAAUGAGGAUUUGUUGAAAAUAGUAGGAAACGGAUUGAACUCCGCAAAAGCUCCAAUAAAAAAACUGUGGAUUUUAUCAUUGCUAGCCAAUAUCUCCGGCGUAUCAGCUAAGGUCGUAACUAGGUUUGAAAAUGUAUUAUUGGAUUUCGUGAAAGAUACACUUUUGAGACCAACGAAAACCGGUUCAAGUGCUGUUCUGGGUGUUCUUUCAUUAUGGACUCAUAUUAGGAGCCUGCAACUGGGGGAACUGCAUACUUCUUUACUGAAUACAAUCCAAGGAAUUACUUCUGAUCCACUUACAUCUAAUUCAGUAGGAUACGCAUGGUUGCAGGUAACAUUAUCAACUCAAUUGCCAGCAGUUGACCGUCUUCGUGGAGUUGAAAUACUGAGCGAUUUAUUCAAAUCUUAUCCAGCUUUGAUUGGUAAUUCAAUUGCAGGUGCAAUUCAACACUUAUGUAUCGCCCCUACUGAAAAAUCCGGCGAAAUGGCCAUGCGUUACAUUAUUCCAGUAUUUACCUUAGUUUCGCAAGAAAUUGAUGAUAAAAAUACCCUAAGAGAUAUUUUGGUUAAAUUAUUAAUACCUUCCCAAUAUAAUGAGUUCCAUGUUAAAAACGGGUGGGCAAGUUUGGUCAUCAAAUCAAAGGAAGACCCAAGUGAACUUGUUGCUGCCUAUUCAAGACAGAUCGUUGAAAAUUCUAGUCAAAUAUUACUGAAUAAGAAUCUUUUGGAUACCGAUGUAGCUGAAGCAGCAGCUAAGGCAAUUUCAUAUGCAUGUUUCAUUAAUCCACAAGCAAUGUCGAAGAAGGUUAUUGAAGUUCUAAAAGCGGACUUACGAACGCAACCAUUAGCUUCAUUUACUCAACAAGACCUUGAGAUAUGGCGCGGUGAAGACGGUACAUUGGUAGUAGACGUAUUGGAGCUUCAGAACUCUAAAAAACUUCUUGACAAAAACUCAAAGGACUAUGAAACUUUGAGUUGGGAACAGAGUAUUCGACAAAAACAGCAGCUGCAACGCAAAAAUGUCAAGAAGUUAACGAAAGAAGAGCAAGCUUUGGUCAAUGAACAAUUGGAAAAAGAAAAGGCUGUAAGAGAUCAAGUUUUUGCUUGUAAAAUGUCUUUGCAUCGUGCUAUUCAGAUAAUAUCAAAACUUACACAAGAUGCUAUACAGGUUGAUAAUGGCUGUAGUGAAUGGUAUAGUGUAGCAGUCACACGUCUACUACAAGUUCUCCAGCAGAAGAACUCCAUUGAAUUAAUGGGUUCAGCAAUUCUUCAGACGUUCUUUGAUCUUUCUAAUCUCGUUUCAGCCAAUCUAGGUACGACAAGAUCGAUCUUAGGGGUGACCAUUUUGCGCUGUUAUGGAGUUGAACUGCCAUCAAAUUUAACUGAACACCCAUUGAUGGAAUUACUUUCAACUGUAUUAUUCAGAGUGAAGUUUGUUUCGGACAAGAAGCGUUUUGAUACGACAUCUCUUGCGUACAUUCUACCGUUAUUAUUUAAAGUUCUGGAAGAAGGUAAAAGGGUUGCUAUACUUAAUGCCGAUAAGCCAGUGAAUAGAAGUGAGUUCAUUGAGGAAGACAAGGAAGAAGAACAUCUUUUACUUGCCCUUGAGAUCAUUGGAUCCCAUGCUGAAGCUUUUGAAAAUCCAUCUGUUCCUCGCAAGGGUAUUUUUUCCGUGUUGAUAUCAUUGUUGGCGUUACCCUCUAAAGCGAAACUGGCAAAAGAUUGUUUCAUUACACUAUGUCAGAAUAUUUCUGAUUCUGCAACUAAAAGCGAUUUGGAGUUUUUACUGUCGAACUUAAUCUCUCCUCACCCGUUUGUUAGGGGGACUAUUCUUGAAGCUCUCGAUGAAGAAUUUUCAUUGCAGCAAUUUAUGACUUACUCACCGGAAGUAUUCAUUUGUAUGCAAGAGGAGGAAGUGUCUAAUAAAAAUAGAGCAGAAUUUAUUUGGCAAUUCAAUGAAUUCAAGAUAGAUGAAAAACUACCAUUGGACCUACUUAAAUUUUUCGAUCAGACUGAUAGUGGGCUACGUCUGUUUGUCGCAAAAGCUUUUGCUUUGUCUGUCUCCUAUCUGCAGGCUGAAAAUCAUAAUAACGUUGAUAAAUUCCUGGACGUUUUAAUGGAUUUCUACGUUGAAAAGGCUCGUCCCGCGGAACCUAUUUUAGAUGAAUUUGGUCUGGUGGCUAUUUCUGCUGCAGAUCAAAGGGAUCCUUGGGAAGAAAGGAGUUGUUCUGCUAUUGCAUUCAAAUAUCUUGCACAGCUAUGUCAAAUAGAGAACAGUGUUAAGUUAAUUGGAUUUCUGGUUCAAUGCGGGGCAUUAGGUGAUAGAAGUCUGCUAGUGCGUGAAGAGAUGAAAGAGGCUGGUAUAGCAAUCAUUGAUCAGUUUGGCUCAGAUCAGGUCGAAGAGUUGAUUCCAAUUUUUGAAAGGUCUUUAACGACUGAAACUGAAACUGCAGUUAAGGAAAAUGUUAUUAUCUUAUACGGUUCACUCGCUAGACAUUUGGAGGCAGCUGAUCCCAGAAUUAACAUAAUUGUUGAUAGAUUAUUAGCAACAUUGGACACUCCUUCGAGCGAUGUUCAACAAGCUGUUUCUCAAUGCAUAUCUCCAUUAGUCCCGUUGUUCAGUGACAGAGUUUGUGACCUAAUGGAUACGCUAUUUGAGAAAUUAUACACCUCUUCGUCACCAGUUCCAAUUAGGCAAGGUGCAGCCUGGGGUAUUGCAGGAUUGACAAAAGGUUACGGUAUUCGUGCGCUCUCAGAAUUUGAUAUGAUUCGUAGAUUAGUUGAAGCGUCUGAGGAUAAAAAAGAUCAACAUCGCAGAGAAUCUACUGCCUAUGCGUUCGAAUGUUUAUCUAGGUCACUUGGGAAAUAUUUCGAGCCAUACGUUAUUGAAAUUCUUCCUAAUAUCUUGAAAAAUUUGGGUGAUCCAGUACCAGAGGUUCGCUCUGCAACCGCUGAAGCAACAAAAGCGAUUAUGGGUCAAACAACAAGUUUUGGUGUCAAAAAGUUGGUUCCUGUUGCUGUGUCCAACCUUGAAGAAAUCUCUUGGAGAACAAAAAGGGGCUCUGUUGAACUGUUGGGUAAUAUGGCCUAUUUGGAUCCAAGACAAUUAUCUGCAUCUUUGUCAACAAUUGUUCCCGAAAUUGUGGGAGUUUUGAAGGACUCACAUAAGGAAGUCCGGAAGGCUGCAGAUCAAUCUCUAAAGAGGUUUGGUGAAGUCAUUAGAAAUCCUGAAAUCCAAAAACUGGUUCCCACUUUGAUCAAGGCUAUAGGUGACCCAACAAACCACACUGAGGCAGCACUUGAUGCUCUUAUUAAAACACAAUUCUGUCACUAUAUUGAUGGUCCAUCGUUAGCUUUGAUAAUUCAUGUCAUUCACCGUGGUAUGCGGGACAGGUCGGCUAAUACGAAAAGAAAGGCCUGUAAAAUUGUUGGUAAUAUGGCUAUCUUGGUUGACAAGAAGGACUUGGUGCCUUAUUUGCAGCAGUUAAUUGAAGAAGUGGAAACUGCUAUGGUUGAUCCAGUUCCACAGACUAGGGCUACUGCUGCACGUGCGUUAGGGGCCCUGGUUGAAAGGCUGGGUGAAGAUCAGUUCCCAGAUUUGAUUCCACGUCUAUUGGACACACUAAGUGAUGAUUCCAAAUCAGGUGAUCGUCUUGGUUCAGCGCAAGCUUUGGCAGAGGUCAUUAGUGGUUUAGGAGUUAGUAAAUUAGACGAAUUGCUACCUACCAUAUUGGCUGGUGUCACCAAUUUCCGUCCUUAUAUCCGUGAAGGGUUCCUACCAUUACUGAUCUUUUUGCCGGUAUGUUUUGGUACACAGUUCUCGCCAUAUAUUAACCAAAUUAUUCAACCAAUUCUUUCUGCUUUAGCUGAUUCUGACGAAAACAUUCGUGACACCGCCAUGAAGGCGGGUAAAUUAAUUGUUAAAAACUAUGCGACCAAAGCAAUUGAUUUGCUUUUGCCCGAACUUGAACGUGGUAUGUUUGAUGAGAAUGAGCGGAUUCGUUUGUCAUCUGUUCAACUUGCUGGUGAUUUAUUAUUCCAAGUUACAGGUAUAUCCUCUCAUAAUGAAUUUGCAGAAGAGUCAGAACACGAUACCGAGAUCAAACAACAAAUGGUUGACAUACUUGGCCAUGAACGUCAUGACAUGAUAUUGUCCUCACUUUUCAUUUGUAGAAAUGAUACUUCGGGUAUUGUACGCGCUUCUUCACUUGACAUAUGGAAGGCUCUAGUGCCGAAUACACCACGCACGAUCAAAGAUAUAUUACCAACACUAACCAAUGUUAUUGUGAUGAACAUAGCAUCCUCUUCUUCCACGAUGCGUCACAUAACGGCACAAUCGUUAGGAGAUUUGGUGCGUCGUGUUGGUGGAAACGCUUUGUCUCAAAUUUUGCCAAAUUUGGAAGAGUCAAUUAAGGACGCCAAUGAUUCAAGCACUAAACAAGGUGUCUGUGUUGCAUUACGUGAGCUAAUAGCAUCAUCUAAUGCCGCAGCGCUUGAUGAUUUCCGUGGAAUUAUCGCCAACAUUAUUCGUACAUCUUUAGUUGAUGGUGAUGAGACAGUUAGAGAAUCUGCGGCAUUAUCAUUUGAUGCUUACCAGGAAACUGUAGGGAAAAUUGCUAUCGAUGAGGUUAUUCCUUACUUGCUCAACAAGUUGGAAUCCGCUGAUUCUGAGUAUGCUCUGCUAGCCCUACAGGAAGUUAUAUCCACUAAAUCUGAAAUCAUCUUCCCUAUUUUGAUUCCGUCAUUACUAACUCCUCCAGUAGAUGCCUUCAAAGCUCGUGCCUUAGGCUCCUUAGCGGAGGUGGCCGGUAUUGCGUUGUAUAAACGCCUAUCCUCCAUUAUUUCCUCGCUUGUGAAUGCUCUGGUCGAUCCUACUACUGAUUCAGAAAGCAAAAUCUCCAUUGAAACAGCUAUGGAUAAGAUUCUUCUGUCAGUUUCUAGCGAAGAUGGUGUACAUCCUCUAAUGCAGCAAAUCAUGUCCUUGUUAAAGAGCGAAGAUAAUGAGAAACGUGUUGUAAUCCUGCAGCGUUUGCCAAAUUACUUCAACGAAACUGUCCUCGACUACAGUGUUUAUACUCCAGAUAUUGUAACCCAGGCUAUAUUAUCUUUAGAUGAUAAAGAUAGUAGGAUUGUUCAAGGCAACUUCGAGGCUCUAACCGCCCUAGUUAAAAGGCAAGAUAAGGAGAUGCUUGGAAAGUUGGUUAAGCCAGCUAGACAAGCCUUGAAGCUUGUUGGGGAACCCAAUAAAGAUUUAGCGGCCUUUACUUUGCCAAAUGGUCCAGGUUGUAUUUUGCCUAUUUUCUUGCAGGGCUUAGUAUAUGGUUCUAGCGAAGAUCGUGAAUCUUCCGCACUGGCAAUUGCGGAUCUGGUGUCAAAGACACCAGCUUCAAACUUGAGGCCGUUCGUCACUGUCAUCACAGGUCCAUUAAUCCGUGUUGUUGGUGAGAGAUUCAGCAGUGACAUUAAGGCAGCCAUUUUACACGCAUUGAAUGUUCUAUUUGGUAAAAUCCCUCAAUUUUUAAGACCUUUCAUUCCACAACUACAAAGAACCUUUGUCAAAUCAUUGUCUGACACCUCUAGCGAAUUGCUACGUUUACGCGCUGCAAAGGCCUUAGGAACAUUGAUUCAAUAUCAACCAAGGGUUGACCCUCUAAUUGUUGAACUGGUAACAAGCGCUGAAAAUGCGAAGGAUGCUGGUGUUAGAACAGCAACCUUAAAAGCAUUGUUAGAAGUUGUAUCUAAGGCUGGUUCUAAAAUGAACAGUGCUUCAAAAGGUAUGAUCGUGAACUUAGUUGAAAAGGAGAUUUUCUCUUCUGACACUAAGUUUUUAGUUACUUACGCCAAAUUAAUCGGUUCACUAUCUGAAAUAUUAUCUGCAGAAGAGUCUCGCAACAUUCUAAAUGAAAAAGUGUUGAGUGCAGGUUUCCAAGGUGAAACUGGAAGGUUUGCAAUAUUAACGUUACAUGCUUUCUUAAAAGACUCUCCAUCUCAUGUAUUUUCUGCUAACGUUAUCGACAGAAUUAUAGAAUAUGUUCUCAAAGCCACCGAUUCUCCAGAUCCCUACUUCAGUGACAAUGGUAUCACAGCUAUUGGAAAGUUGAUGCUAAUGGAAGGAGAAGUAUCAUCACCACAUUCAAACCACAAAUCCGAGACUCCAUUUACUAUUGGUGAGGAGAAUAUUCAAAAGCUGGUGUAUCAAUUAGCUAAAUGUAUGUUGUCUGCCCAAAGUAACUCAUUGGAUUCAAGAAGGUUAUCGCUGGUCGUUGUAAGAACGCUAGCAAGGUAUAAGUAUUCUGAGUGUGUGGAACGAUACCUAGAUCAACUGGGACCUUCUUUGUUUUCGUGUCUGCGCGAUCCCAUCAUUCCUGUUAAACUUGCUGCAGAAAAGGCAUAUCUUGCAAUCUUCAAGCUAGUAGAAGAGGUCGAUAUGUCUACUUUCAAAUCCUGGUUGAGUCGCCAAUCAACCGAUCCUUUGACAAAUUCCGUUGGAACACCAAUUCCAUUGAGAUCUAUCAGUGAUUACACUAAGAGAGUUGGUUCCAGAUUGGCAAAUGUUGAAAGAGAAAGAAUACAGGCUGGUGGUGAUGCAGAAACAAUGUAUUCAGAUAGAUUCGAUGACGAGAAUGAGAUAUGGGCAGUGGGAGGUGUUGAACUCAAAACUGAAGAACUUUAA